UCCCCCGCGAGCCUGGUUCACGCGGAGCCAAGGUCGCGGCUGGAGGAGACUGGUGUCCGGCGGCCGUGUCUCCCGCGUCCUUCUCUGAGCGCAGCGGCGUCAUGUUGGGCCAGAGCAUCCGGAGGUUCACGACGUCCGUGGUCCGCCGCGGCCACUACGAGGAGGGCCCGGGCAAGACCUUGCCAUUUUCAGUGGAAAACAAGUGGCGGUUACUGGCCAUGAUGGCUGUUUUCUUUGGAUCUGGAUUUGCAGCACCCUUCUUUAUAGUAAGACACCAAUUGCUUAAGAAAUAAGGAUGUUUUAAUUCAUCCAUUUAACAGAUAUGAAGAAUGUUUAAGAAGUACAACCUCAGAAAUGGAUCAGACUCUUAAACUCCUACAAUAUAUGCUUGGAAAUAAACUGAUGACAUAAAUUUAAUGUCUCUUCUCUGAGAUAAGAAUUGUGAUCACUGAGCAUGAUUUUAUUUUAGUUGCUGAGUAUUUUUUUAAUCAAAAAUGUAUAUUAUUUAACUUAUUGUAGUUUUAACUUAUGUGAUAUGAUUUAUAACUUGAUUCCUAGUUCAAGACCUUUUGGGUUUCUUUGGUGACCAUUUGAGUUUCAUUGAGGUUUAUAGAGUCACAGGCACCUUAUCAGGGGCAACAUCAGGGAAGAAAAUGUCUUCACUUGUCAAUCCUUAACUGCAUAUAAAUAAAUCUUCAAAGGAA